AGUUGAGAAACUGUGGCACAAGACAAGAGCUGGCUUCCUCUGCCCCAUUAGAGCUGGGAGACUCUUCGGAGUCAAAGGCCAGAGAGCAUGGAGCUGAGUGAAGCCACCAUGGCCCGGGGACUCGCUGUCCUACUAGUCUUGUUCCUGCAUGUCAAGGACCUGCCUGCCCAGGCUGCUGACACCUGUCCAGAGGUGAAGGUGGUGGGCCUGGAGGGCUCUGACAAGCUCACCAUUCUCCGAGGCUGCCCGGGGCUGCCCGGGGCUCCAGGGCCAAAAGGAGAGGCAGGUGCCAAUGGAAAGGGAGGAGAACGCGGUGUCCCUGGAGCCCCUGGAAAGGCGGGACCAGUGGGACCCAAAGGAGACCGAGGAGAGAAGGGGAUGCGUGGAGAGAAAGGAGAUGCUGGGCAUUCUCAGUCUUGUGCGACAGGCCCACGCACCUGCAAGGACCUACUAGACGGAGGGCACUUCCUGAGCGGCUGGCACACCAUCUACCUGACCAACUGCCGGCCGCUGGCUGUGCUCUGUGACAUGGACACGGACGGAGGGGGCUGGACCGUUUUCCAGCGGAGGAUGGACGGCUCCGUGGACUUCUACCGGGACUGGGCCGCGUACAAGCGGGGCUUCGGCAGUCAGCUUGGGGAGUUCUGGCUGGGGAACGACAAUAUCCACGGCCUGACCGCCCAGGGAAGCAGCGAGCUCCGUGUAGACCUGGUGGACUUUGAGGGCAAUCGCCAGUUUGCUAAGUACAGAUCAUUCAAGGUGGCCGGCGAGGCGGAGAAGUACAAGCUAGUACUGGGAGCCUUUGUCGAGGGCAGUGCGGGUAAUUCUCUAGGGGCCCACAACAACCACUUCUUCUCCACCAAAGACCAAGACAACGAUGUGAGUUCUUCGAACUGUGCUGUGAAGUUCCAGGGAGCCUGGUGGUACGCUGACUGUCAUGCUUCAAACCUGAAUGGUCUCUACCUCAGAGGACCCCACGAGAGCUAUGCCAACGGCAUCAACUGGAGUGCGGCAAAGGGGUACAACUAUAGCUUCAAGGUGUCGGAGAUGAAGGUGCGGCCCGCCUAGCCGGGCCAGGACCCCUCCACAUGCACCUGCUGGUGGGGAGACCACACCCACAAGCGCUGUGGCGUAAAAGUUACCCCAUUUCCCCAGCCAGACGCACUCCCAUGACGCUCACAGCUGUCCCUUUGCCCCCAGCCCGGUCAACCUGCCACAUGCCCACAACCUCACCAGAGGGAGAAUUAUGCUUCUAAAUAUGUUUGCUCUGGGACAGACGAGUUU